GUGUCAAAAACCUUUUUGGCUUUUUAGUACUCAAAACAGCGACACCACUUCAAUCGCACCACUUCAGUUCGCAAGCUCUUUUUCCAGAAUGAAUCCCUUCUAUUCUGGUUUUACUCCUCAGUAUCCUUAUUCUCUUCUAAACAACUAUGCAUGGAACAUUCAUCAACAACCCACCAUUGAGAGAUAUCGAAAUCAAAUUAACUAUGGCCGGCAAAAUAUGCUUCAUGGAGGUUUAAAUCACAGCCAUUUUAAUUUCGGUGAUCCAACCCCUCCGUAUGGUUUGGGUUUUCCAAAUGAUGGUGUUAGUGUUCCUGCUGCUAACUUCUUACUGCACCAAACUGCUAGACAAAGUAAUCCUUUUGUGGCCCCAAGCUUCCAAGAUGAUGAUGUCAGAGCUGCUAGCUUCUUACAGCACCAAACCGGUAGACCGAUUAAUCGCUUUGCAACCUCACCAGCACGGCCGACUAAUCGUGUUGCAAGCUCACGAGUACGGCCAACUAAUCCCAUUGUAGCUCCACGAGCACGGCCAACUAAUCCCAAUGUAGCUCCCCGAGCAAGACCAUUCUGGUGUAAAGUUUGUGGAGUUUGGUUGAGUAGUUCCAAAAACAUAGAAGAACAUAACAAAGGAAGGAACCAUCAGAAUAUGUUGAGAGGACAUAAGCAUACGUUGAAAAGACAUGAGAAGUCUGAGGAACUUAGAAGUAUAAGAAGAGGAGAGAGGGAGCAAGUGCCAAAUGCCUUUGGGAAUAUAGUAGAUCGGUCUAAGACAGUUCAGAAAUCCGAGAGAAGAAUUUCUGUUGAAAGGCAGCACAAAGCAAAAUUCAUGGCGGAGACUUCUACUGUUCCAGCUGAAAAUGCUGAAGGGGAAUGUAAGGAUAAAUCUGUAACCAGGGUUAAUGACUCCAAGAGGAAAAUCGGAGGAGCUAAUGGAGGCAAUGAUGAGAACAAGAUUAAGAGGAUAAGAAGGACUAUAGAAGGAUCAAAACGUGAAGGGGAAUUGAGGGAUAACUCUGUUGCAGAGGGCUGUGAUUCAAAGCCAAAACCUGAAGGAGAAGUGAGGCAUGAUUCAAAGCCAAAACCUGAAGGAGAAGUGAUGCACAACUCUGUUGCAGAGGGUCAUGAUUCCAAGCUGAAGAUUGGGGGAACUAGUGGAGGUAAUGGCAAGAAAAUUAAGCGGAGAAGAAGGGUCAUCAAAUCAUCAAAAUCUUACACCAAUGCUCCAUCAAACUGUGCAAAUGCAGAGUCUACCCCUCAAGUACCUACAGGGGCACCACCAGAGCAGCUUAUGCCACUACAGGUACUCUUACCAGUACCAGCAGUGGGAUCAAAUUCUGAACCACAAAUUCAACCUCUUGUACUAGCUUAUUCGGAGGCCAAUGUAAAUGACAAGAGUCCCAUUCCUACGGAUGAAACAAAUGUUCAAUUGCCAUCAUCAAUGUCAAUGGAGGUCAAUGCUCCUGUAAAUUCUAGCGUUAACAAUGAAAUUUUAGAUAGAAGUUGCAAAGUUGAAGAAAAGAUGGAAGUACUUGACAUCAUUCCUCUGUCAAUUUAUGUGGAGUCUACAGUCCAAGUACCUUUAGCAGUACCACCACAGAAGCCUGCACCAUUAUUGGAAUUCUCACCAUUACCUCAGGAGGGAUUAAAUUCUGAACCACUAAUUCAACCUUCUGUACAAGUUGAAGCGGAACAGCAAACAUCCGAAGACAAUGUACAUGAUGAGAAUCAAAAUCCGAAGACAAAUGUUUAUCUUCCAUCAUCAAUCUCAAUGGAAUUUGAUGCUCCUGCAGAUUCUAGUGCCAAUACUGAAAUUUCGAAUGAAAAUUUCAUAGCCAAAGAAAAUAUGGAAGUCACCACCAAAUUAAACAUAGCAUCAGUUCAGGAAAAUAUUUGUUUUGUAUGCGGCGAUCGUGGCUUUGAGGAGGCAUUGAUUUAUUGCUACAAGUGUCAAUUAUGGGCACGACAUAGGUAUUGUUUAGACGGACCUGUGAUAUUCACCAAGCAAGUUAUAUGGUUUUGUGAGGAUUGUAAACCAACGGUAGAAACAUAUCUGCUCUGA